UUGCAUGAAGGAGUGGCUGCAACACUUCCUCUUAUAGGGAGCGACUGAAACAGAAGCACAGCAGUUUCUACACUGUGUGAUUAACUCGUGCAGUUCAUGUAAACUUGAAUUUAAGAACAACAGAAAAUAUUAGAGGAGCUACGUCAGCUUUACCCAUCAAAGAGGACAGACUUACUGCAGCAGGUUUUUAUUUACAAAAGAAAGAACUUCAAGUCAGGCAGUAAUAGAGCAACAAAACGUUGACAGGAAACCCACAGAGGGAGCAUUACCACCAACCUGGCAUCCCAACAUACACACACACACACCUAAGCUGCUUUUUCAGUGAUUUAGUUAUUGAACCUAAAGAUCUAAAGUAUUCUUUGACAUUUUCAAGUGAAAAAAAUAAUCUGUUGGUGAAAUCUGACAAAUGUAAUUACGGGUUAAUAACAGCCUUAUAACAACACCUACACCUCUUUCAGAGCGCUGACAGGUUUAAUGAAAGAGAAAUGAAGCAGAUCAGAGUCGACAUCUGUCUCAUAGCUGGAGAUGGUGUCUGACCACAAAAUCCCAGCAGUCGAAGUUUUGCAUCAGGCCCGCCCUGAGAGGGCGGAGCAAGCGUGAUGUAAACGUAGUGGCAGAAACGUCAUAGGCAUCAAGUGUGGCCAGGCAGGCAGCCGUGUUGAGACAAACCAGUGGGUUUUCGUUCACGAUGGCAAAGAAAAGCUUUUAUUUCUUCUUUGCUCUCUAUGGGUUCCCACUGGUGGCAGCUUCCUCUGAAACUAAUGGAACCAGAGGAGAGCCAUUACUCUGGCAGUGCACACUCAGCAAACAGUUUGAUCCACAGAAAGUCAGCAUUUAUUGGCAGAACCAAAACAAUACUGAAAUGCUCCACUAUUACAGGAAUGGAAAGGAGGAUUUGGAACAUCAAAGCUUGCCAUUUAAAAACAGAACCAAAAUCUUUCCUGAUCAGUUACGAUCUGGAAACUUGUCCCUUAUCAUCGAUCCGCUGAUGCAUGAAGACAACCUGAAGUCCCUUAAAGUCGUUUUCAACCACGCAAGAGAAAUCAAGGACAAACUCUGCCAAACCAUGGUUCAUGUAGCAGCUAAUUUUAAGGAGCCAAACAUCGAGAUCAACCAAAAGAAGAUGACAGCAACUUGCAUAACACAGGGGGGCUUUCCUGAACCUGAACUGGCAUGGAUUUCCACCGACCACGAAGGACAUGAACGUGCACUGGAACCACCUGAUGUUCUGACCCUGCAGAUCCACAAGGAGGAAGACGGCACCUACAGCGUCAUCAGCACAGCCAACAUCACGGGGUCAAAGACGGUGACCUGCAACGUUUACAACCCAACUUCUAACAAGACUGUGGGAGCAACUGCAGCCCUGCCUGCAGUUGAAGGUCUGCCUGUGGCUGAAACGGCUGGGAUUGGAGUAUUUAUAGUAGCCAUCGUACUUGUAGUACUGAUAGUACUCGCAGCCUUUGGCUACAAGAAAUAUCACCAACAGAGACAACGGAGGCCAGACAGCCCUGAGCCGUCAGCUGCUUAUCUUUCCAACGGUGCUUUGCUAGCAGAGAAUGGAGGUGUGUGCUAGUGCUGUACAGGAAGGUGGCGCUGCACACGGGCUGACCAGUACUGGCAGGACUUUGUCGGGGAUACGUGUGUUAAACCAAACACUGCUGCUCUGCUGUACCUCAAUGCAGGAACGUUGUCCUUCCAUUCAGGGGCAGACAGCCAAAGAGAAAGCUCAGGAGAAGCACAGCUCUGAGGUCAGCUCUUCUGCCAUCGAGGCAGGAUGACCACAGAUGAAGCCUGCAUUAAGAUUCAGAGUGAGACCAAGACUCUAAAGACCAGCUUCAUCUCUGUGGCAUUAUUUAAUUUAGAACUUCACAUGAUGGGCUGUACCUCGUUAUGCUCAGUAUUUGUAAUUCUUGCUUGAAACAGAUUUCUGAGCUUUAACAUUUCUCCCUCUGUGAAGAUAAACUGAAGGAUCUUGUUACUGUACUUACGUAGAAGGUAUCUGGACUUCAGUAUUUUCUGACAACUUUUUACUGCCUACAUGUUAACACUACUUUCUACUCCUUGACUUUUCAAAACAGACUCAUUACUUUUGGUUCAACGGUAUCAUUUAUAGUGUUUAUACUCUGGGUUAAAGCGGGCGUACGUAUGUCGUCAGCUUCUAGUUUCUACAGAAGAGGAAAGAGCAUCAAGGAUGUUUCUCCAACGUUUCUAUCGGCUCAACAAACAUCAGCAAACACACAGUGUGUCUCACAGUGUGUCUCACAGUGUGUCUCACAGUGUGUCUCACAGUGUGUGCUAAAGCUAAAGGUGAGAGCUACGUUCACUCAGAGAUGGAGAAAGAUCAGAAAGACGGACAGGAGAGGAAGAGCUUAGACUUAAUGUUUAUAUCCUUAACCAUACUAUGCAGUUACAACCUAUAAUUAUCUGAGCUUAGUCCACAACAACAUCGGCACGUUUAAAGUGAAAUAUUCUUUUACUCUCUUCACCUUAAAAACUAUCCUAAAAUAUGAUGACAGCAUCCAUCUCAUCCUAGAACGACUAAACAGCCGAUUCAUGAACAAAAUAACUGACAGACAUCAAAAUGUGAAGAUUUGUAUUUCCCUUGAAGUCACUUUGUCCUCAUGUAAACGCGUUCAUGCACAUUCACGUGUUUUCUUCCUACAGGACACCUGACCAACAAACAUGUAAUAGUAUUUGUACAGUAACAGUAUCCAGAGUACUUUAGGUUCGAAUCACUGCUGCGGUUGUUUGGCUCAGCCAAACACGCGUGGUUCACAUCCAUGUGUGUCCACUCAUGAGAAGGACACACAUGUAGUCCUGCAUUCACUUCAUCAAUGAAUCCGAGUGAACGUUUGUCCUGCAUUAACUCUGUGGGGUCUUCACCUUACAGUAACACGUGUGUUUGUUCACUGAUGCUAUAUGAAUAAAAGGGAACUACAGGUGUUCCUGAAACGUGUCUUUGUUAGAACAGGGCGGAUGGAUGAGCACAGCCCUCUCAGCGCAGGGCUGACACCACUUUGCCCCUUAUAAGAAAUACAACACAAAUUUAUUAGGACAGGUUACUAAACCAGGCUUACAGGUAAAAGGUGUUUCAUUUAGUAAAAGCUGAUGAUCCACUUCUCAAAUAAUCUCUAAGGAUCUGAAGGAAGACAUGCAAAUAUCUCUGCUCAUUAUUAGGCUAAAAGUGUGAUAUAGACAAUUAUAUAUUUUAGCAGCAUCCCCAUAAGGCAUAUCACAGCCCUGCACACCAGCACAGCGCUUAUAUUAUGCUUCAAUCAAGAUAUAGUUAUGAUUUAACCACAUUAGCUCAACGAGGUCACAAAAAUAUCCCACAAUACCAGAAAUGACACGCUCAGCACUACAUAACCCACAUGGAAAAGAAACAGUAAAAACUUACAUGAUUUACUCAUGAAAGUGGCCACUUUCUCAUUACUUUCAUUUAUUGUUUUAGUAUCCAAAACACACAAGUUUCAUUUAUAUAAUUUUUCAAGGGGUCUUAUAUCUGUUUUCACUCUUGUAUGCUUUUCAUACAAGUUUCACACAGGACAGAUACAAACUUUAUAAGAGUUAUAUUUAUCUUUUCCAUGUGGGUAAACUUUCAACAAAAGUUGGACUUCAGUCUGUUAACCACCAAAUUAGUCUAUCCUGGUCAGCUAGCUAAAAGUCUGUACUUUAGCAGCCUAAAUCAGAGGCUAACAUUAGCAUUUGCUAGCACCAGCCAGGAUAGUCUGAGGCUAAAACGAGAGUUUGUGUAACUUUGCCUGAAACCCUUUAAAGUGUACAGUAAAAGCAACCGUGGAGCAUAAGUAUUAUUAUGGAAGUUAUUAUAGUCCUAAAAUUAUUUCUUCCUCUCUAUACAUCAGUAGAACCAUGAAGUUUUCACUUUUCCCAGUUAUGGGGCGACCGUGGCUCUACCUGCUUUUAAACCAUUUAAAAUUACAAUUCAUAGUUUUAUAUGUGAAUUAUAUAUGUUAAAUUACUAUUAAACAAAUGACUGA